UUUGGAGCGGAGCCGGCGGUCCGGCCGGAGCGGGACUUCUACCCGCAGCUUCGAGGGGUUUGGGAUGGCGUCGGGCUGCUCCCGGAGCUCGGAGGCUGCCAGUCGCCGGCCGCGCUUCUACAGCUGCCGCUGCUUCUACACUGACAACAUCUUCCUGCAGGAGUUCGGGCUCCAUGUGAGCCAGGCGGACUGGGACCGGGACCUCCGCUCUAUUUUACGGAGCAAAGGAUGCAAGACUGAUGAACAGCUGAAAGAGGUUCAAGCAAAGAUUGAUCAGGAAGUUCAGAGGAGGAGGCAGCUGACCCAGGCCAGUUUGGAGAGAGCGGCAAUCAUUUCGGCACAUUAUAAACCACUGACUCCUGCUGUCUAUGUUUUACAGGACAGCUUCCUCGCUCCGGAAUUCCGUGAAAUUGUCGCUUAUUCCAGAAGUAAGGAUGCGGAUUUCGAAGGGCUGUUGGACCGAAUCCAGGAACUACCAGCCAAGAGAGUUUACUCCUUCCCGGUGUUCACCGUGGAGUUCUGCAGUCAGCUGAUGGAGGAGCUGGAGAACUUUGAGCGCUCAGACAUGCCGAAGGGUCGGCCCAACACCAUGAAUAACUAUGGGGUACUUUUGAACGAACUUGGGUUUGAUGAGACGUUUAUCACGCCACUCCGCGAGGAUUAUCUUCAACCAAUCACGUCACUUCUUUACCCAGACUGUGGGGGUCAGGCGAUGGACAGUCACAAAGCAUUUGUAGUGAAGUAUGCUGUAAACGAAGACCGAGAUUUAAGUUUCCACUAUGACAAUGCUGAAGUCACAUUGAAUGUGUCACUUGGGAAAGAUUUUAAUAAAGGAAACCUCUACUUUGGAGAUAUGAGGCAGGUUCGGGUGAGUCAGAACGAGUAUGUAGAAAUCGAGCACAGAGUGGGCCACGGCGUGCUCCAUCGGGGUCAACACCGUCACGGGGCGCAGCCCAUCUCCUCGGGGGAGCGCUGGAACCUGAUCGUGUGGAUGCGUUCGUCACCCGUCCGUAACCACCUGUGUCCGAUGUGUGACGGAACGCCAGAGCUGGAGGAGGCUGUCGGAUUUGGCAAUGGAUUUACCAGCGAGCCUGUCCAGGACCAGCAUCAGUCAGUGGAUGUCUGUUCGUUAUACUAGUAAACUAGUGGUGUGACCUUGGUCACCACCCGGUUCCUGUGGGAUCCUGCACCCGUCCUGUCGCUCUCUUGAUCCUCAACACCAGGCUAAUUCACAACCAUCAACACAGUGCCUUCUGUAAUCAAACUGACAAAAACCUCAAUUUCUUUCUUCAAAUGGAUAUUCCUUUCUAAAAUCUGGUAAUCCCUGAGUCUGUGUCACUCUGUAAGGGUGGCAGUGCAGGAGUUCCUAACCUUUGUCAAUCCGGUGAAGCCUAUGGACCCCUUCUCCGAAUCAUGUAUUUAAAUAUAUAAAAUAAAAUACAUCGGAUUACAAAAGGAACUGAUUAUAUUGAAAUACAGUUAUCGAAAUAAUAAAAAACAGAUUUGUAAUUUUGUAAUAGAUGUGU